AUGAAUUUCUGGCGUAAGUUAGAGCCAAGGUGUGCACUGGUUCAUGUGCUUGUUUGCUUGUUUGGAUGUGGAACAUGGAUAACGAUAACUGGGGUUUGGGUGGAGAUGCCCAUACUGGUGGAAUACCUGCCGGAGUCCUGGGAUUUAGGCGCUUACCUCAGCGUAGUAAUACAGCUUGCCAAUGUCGGGCCGCUUGUCUACUCUCUAGUUCACAUACUCUAUCCCAACUUUCUGUCUGAAAAGUGCAUAGUUUAUCUGAUAGUUGGCACUGGAAUCGCCACAAGCGCUCUGCUAGCUGUCUUUUGGAAAGAGACAACAGUCGUUGCUGGCAAACCACACAGCACAGCACUUCUGGUGCUUCAGUUUUUCUCGGCGAUGGCAAACAGUACCUCGUCAGUGGUGUUUCUUCCGUUUAUGUACCUGCUGAAGCCGGUGUACUUGAUGACGUUUUAUGUCGGCCAGGGAUUCAGUGGUUUUCUGCCAAGUAUCCUCGGCCUCGCUCAAGGCAGCCGUUCUGUGACGUGUACGAAUGUGUCAUAUUCCGUCAUCACAGGCCAGGGCGCCAAUCACACCAUUUCCUCACUACAGCCCGUCUAUCAAGCUCCGAAUUUCUCACCUAGUUCUGUCUUCAGUCUUCUCUCUGCCAUGUGUGGACUUUGCGGUAUAUCCUUCGCUCUUCUUAACCAUCUUCCCAUUUGCAAGUCACAGCACGUCAACUACGACCUGAAGACAUCACCGACGAAGAAAUCACCGUCGUCUGAGAAAACAGCCUUAAUCGCAACGUCUAAACCAAACACAUACAAUGUCAAAUGGAGAAAGAACGAUGCUGAGUGCAUAGAGGAAAUUGGUAAACUGUCAGAACACACUCUGUCAGGAACUGAAUCUGCCGUUUUACUGGUAGCUGUAGGUUGGGUGAAAGCCAUGGAGAACGGAUUGAUACCUGCUCUUCAGUCUUAUGCCUUCUUGCCGUACGGGAUGGAGCCUUACUCUCUGGCUAUUGAUUUGGCUUACAUUGCUGAUCCUUCCGUCUGUUUUCUGGCUUCUUUCUUUCCCCCAAAGACUCCACGGACCUUAGUUCUGCUGACUCUUCUCGCUACCCUCUGCAUGAGCUACAUCGUUAUGCUUGCCUCUCUUAGUCCUUCUCCGCCCCUGAGCGAUUGGAAAGUCGGCGAGGUGCUAGCUGUAAUGUCUCAAGUGUUAACUACAAGCUUCCUCACCUACGCUAAGGUGUCCAUAGCCCGAGUGUUCCGCGAGGAGGGGAAGCGUUCAUUGUUCUGGUGCGGACUGGCAUCUCAGGCCGGGGCUUUCAGCGGAGCCGCCAUCAUGUUUGUUCUCGUCAGCGUUCUGGAAAUUUUCGAAAAAGCCCCAAACUGUUCUGCUGCGAACAUUGCUCUACCCGAGGGAAUGUAG